AUGAAAAACAGACCGAAUUCGAAAGAGAGGAAGGAAGCAUUGAAGAGCACAAGGCAGUCGGAGUUAAUAGUGAAUUCUUUAGUUUGGAUCAAUAAAAACCUGUUGCAGAAAUAUUGUCAAUCUCAGAAUUAUUAUUAUACGAGAGAUGUCAACGAAAUACUUGGAGAUGCUUCAUCAAAGGCAGUGGUGCGGUAUAAGGAUUGGGUUGGGUAUGAUGAUGACGUAAGUGUGUGAUUUCAUUUAAGGACGAAUAUUUGAAGAGGUACUAUUAUGGAGAUGAGUAUCCCCAGAAAAUCCAGUUGUUGACUGAAUACUAUAAAGUAAAUUGAACCAUUUAACAGAGUUUCAUACUGAUAUAGCACGAAUCUUUAUGGAACCAAUAGCAACCGUGUUGAAUAAAUACUAUGAUAAGAAGCGCAAAUAUGAAUAUUACAGGAUAGCUCACCUCAUUGAGGAGGAGAACAAGAAGAAUCCCAAUAGGCCCCCCAAAGGCAUAGUAGGAGAAAGACCCUCGCCUGCAAAUUCUUAAGACAGUCAAAGACAAUAAGAGUCACCAAACACUGUAAAAAGGAUUAGGAACAUCCAAAUUUUGAAGGACUUGAGUUGGCUUAACAAGUCGUCUUAAAUCCCUAAAAAGAAGAGUGAUGUGUCCUGUACUCUAUAAGAAAUUUGCAAGCAAUUGGGAAAUGUUGGUUUGGAACAAUCAUCGCUCUUGAUUUCCUCUGGGAAGGGCGAUGAAAUGAGGUUGGAUAAGUUUUUGGCCUAUCUUAAUCAGUAAACGUAUAAGACUCAAAGAGAUAAGGCAUCAGAGAUUCAAAAACAAACGAAAAAACUAAGUCAACCUCAUGAAUAAUUAAUUUAGACCCUUAUUCAAAAAUAACAUGAUGAAAUUUAACAAAGGAUGGGCUCACAACAUUCUAAACAGAACACAGAACUCAUAUAAUAAAUGAAUAAGAUAUCAAGAGACAUCAAUGUAAAUUUUAUAAAGAAUUAAGUUGAUUCGCUUAUGAAGCAUAAAUAAAGUAAUGAAAAUUUGUAAAGCAGGGCGAAAGUGGAUUAGAAUGAUUAGAUAAAACAAUCAAUAAACCCUAAAUCCAAAACAAUAGUGUAACAACAACCUAAGAUAUCAACACAAUUAUUUUUAAAGGAUCUCAGAAAGAACGUUUAACAAGUCCCCUUACAUCUGAAUCGCCAAUUUUAGAAUCCUGUUCUAUCUCCAACAUCCAAUCAGAGCAACACUUAAAAAACCUAAGCAACUAACCAAAUAUCUAUUGGUAUUAUGAUUAUAAUCUUUAGGCAAAUUGAAUCUUAAAUAGAUUUCGAAAAUCUUCAUUGAGGAAGAUCCCACUGAAUAAGAAUUAAAAUGGAAGAAUGGUUCCUAAACACAUAGACCGAUGUCUGGAACCAAAAACUUCUUUUCUAAUAGGAAUAGUCCCACAGCAUCAAGAGGAGCUUAAUUUGAAUUCAAAACCAAUUAGGCGAGGUAGACUUCCGGUUAGAUCUCAACUCAUUCAUAGAUAUCAUAGUAAUAGCCCAGCCAGAAAACUAUCAAAGCCCCUGGGUCUUAAACAACCAGGAAGGCAGCACAACCAAAUAUUCACAUCCGAUACACAUCCAAUUAAGAUAAAAUCAUCAACAUUAAUAUCAAUAUUAAUGACAAUCUAUAGAAUUAAAAAUGUAAUAAUGUUAUUUAAUAUUUCAGUAAAAUAAACUAAACACAAAAAGAAUCAAUCUGAUGGAAAACAAUUAAAUACACAUUUAUUGGAUACUCAAUAAGAGUUUGUGUGUUUAACAGACAGAGCAGGUUAAGGUGAAUUUGUGUUUAAGAACAGUAUAGCUGCAUCAUGUUAAAAUUCACCAAAAACAUAGAAAUUAAAAAGAGUUGGAAGUGGGAGUGGGAUGAGCACCUUAAAAAAUUCAGGAAGCACAAGAAAUUCAUUCAUUCAAUAAAUGCUCACUUAGGUUUCUAAAUAAUAACCGAGAUAAGACCUCUUUUCAUCAUAAUUCAGAAAACCUAAUUGA